AUCUUUACGAAGAUGUUCAGACAACUAUCGAUAGCCGCUGUGGCACUGUCGUUGGCAUCCACUCAGGUUUCGGCUAAGCCCAUCCAACGCAGAGCAGCUGGCGAUUCAGCAUUCGACUACAUUGUUGUCGGCACUGGUCCUGGAGGCGUCACAGUCGCCGACAAGCUGUCAGAAAGUGGUGCAUCAGUUCUGCUAGUCGAAAAGGGUCAGGCCACGACAGGACAAUGGGGCGGUAACAACAGACCUCAAUGGUUGGACAACACUGGCCUUACCUUCUACGAUGUCCCCGCUCUGGAUAACAUGAUUUGGACGAAAGGCAACGGAUUUACUGACGACAUCUUCUGCAACGAUAUUGUUGGUGGUAUUUCUGGCUGUGUUCUUGGUGGCAGUGGUGCUAUCAACGCUGGUCUCUGGUGGAAGCCUUCAUCUUGGGACUGGGACACACUGUUCCCUGAAAAGUGGAACAGCACUCACAUGGCAAAUGUGACUGACCGCGUCUUCUCGCGCCUACCAGGCACCGAGGUUCCCUCUCAAGACGGAAAGCUCUACUACCAGCAGGGUGCUGAUAUCAUCGAGGGCGCUCUGAGCGCCGCAAACUGGACCGAAGUCAGUGCUAACAGCGUCCCCGACCAGAAGGACAGAGUGUACUCCAACACCACUUUCAUGUACCAGAACGGUGAACGCAGUGGACCCAUGUCUGUAUACCUUGGAUCUGCCUACCCUCGCCCCAACUUCUCGCUCUACACCAACGCCAUUGUCGACAGAGUCAUUAGAGAAGGCUCCAAGAUCACCGGAGUUGAGAUUUCGAACACCGCCGAUGAUGGUUUCAGAGGCACCGUCAAGGCAAACAAGGCUGUCGUCCUCGCCGGUGGUGCAUUCGGUACCCCCAAGGUCUUGAUGAGAAGUGGUAUUGGCCCCAGAGAUCAGCUCGAGAUUGUCCGCAACGCCGAGGGAUCAAAGAUGAUCAGCGAGGAUCAGUGGAUCGACUUGCCUGUCGGCUACAACCUGAUGGACAACAUCAAUACCGAUAUCGUCGUUUCGCAUCCUGACGUUGUCUACUACGACUUCCCUGGCCUCUGGAACAACCCUAACCAGGGCGAUGUCGAUGCUUACCUCAACGGCCGCACUGGCAUGCUCACCCAAUCAUCCUCCAACCUUAACCCUAUGGUUUGGGAGAUGUUGAACGGCACCAAUGGUCUUCAGGGGUUGCAGUGGACUGCCCGUGUCGACACUUCUCUCGACAUCAACAAUGAUGACAAGCACAACAUGGUUAUCGCCCAGUACAUUACUAUUGGCCAAGCUGCCAGAGGUCGCACCACCAUCACUUCCGACCUCAAGAUGAAUGUCUCCACCAGUGUUUCCGUCAUGGAGCACGAGUCUGAUCAGGUUGCCAUUGCUCAGGGUAUCGAAGACAUGGUCAAUGUUCUCAAGAACGUACCUGGCCUUGAGGUCCUCUCUCCUCCUUCUGGCAUGUCUGCCUUGGACUACGUCAAGUCGACUACUCACCUGUACGUCAACCACUGGCUUGGCAGCUGCAAGAUGGGCAACGAUGACGGUCGCAAGGAGAACGGUACUGCAGUUGUCGAUGCAGACUCCAAGGUCUACGGUACCGAUAACUUGUUCAUUGCCGAUGGCUCCAUCUUCCCUGGCCAGACGACAUCGAACCCUCAGGCUGCCAUCACCAUUGUUGGUGAGCGUGUUGCCGAGCUCAUCCUCGCACUCAACCAAUAA